AUGGGUGUAAACGGUCUCUGGACUGUGGUGCAGCCAUGCGCGCGGCCUACAAACCUGGCGACGCUUAAUCGAAAGCGACUCGCUGUCGACGCCUCGAUUUGGAUAUACCAGUUUCUCAAAGCCGUGCGCGACAAGGAGGGAAACGCGCUCCGCAACUCCCACGUCGUCGGCUUUUUCCGCCGCAUCUGCAAGCUGCUCUGGUUUGGCAUCCAGCCCAUCUUCGUCUUUGACGGCGGCGCGCCGGCGCUCAAGCGCGCCACUAUCCAGAAGCGACAGCGCCGUCGUGAGGGCCGCCGCGACGAUGCCGUUCGCACCGCGGGAAAGCUGCUCGCGGUGCAGAUGCAGCGCAUGGCUGAGGAGGAGGAACAGAAGCGCAAGAGAGAAAGAGAGCGUCCCCGAGUAGCGAAGGAGGCCGAGGAAGAGCCAGUGCCGGAUCCCAAGGACAUGAUCUACGUGGACGAGAUUGGCAUGUCCAAUCAGGAGCGUCAGCGCAACCGCAAGUUUCACAAAAAGGACGCCUAUCACCUACCCGAGCUCGACGGCGGCAUUGCAUCCAUGGGCAAGGCUGACGAUCCCCGCAUUAUGAGUGUUGAGGAAUUGGAAGAGUAUGCGCGCCAGUUCAACAAUGGCGAGGAUAUCAAUCUAUAUGACUUUAGCAAGAUUGAUUUUGAUGGCGAAUUCUUCAAGAGCCUCCCGGCCCCCGACAGAUACAACAUUCUCAAUGCAGCAAGGCUACGAAGCCGUUUGAGACUGGGAUUAAGCAAGGAGCAACUUGACGAAAUGUUUCCGGACCGCAUGGCAUUUUCCAGAUUUCAGAUUGAGCGUGUCCAGGAGAGAAAUCAUCUUACACAACGACUCAUGUACGAAGUUGGUAUGACCGGUCUCGAUUUAACACUUCCAGUCAAUGCCCGAGUGGCGGGUGAAAAAGAUAGGGAGUACAUUCUGGUCAAAAAUGACGGUGCCGAAGGCGGUUGGGCACUGGGCGUUGUCAGCAAGGAAAAGGAUAUUGGUGAGGCGCAUAAGCCUAUUGAUGUUGAUGCUAUAGAUGUCCAAUAUCAAACCAAAGAGGAGGAAGAUGACGAAGAUGACGUGGAUGGGUUCGAAGAUGUGCCCAUUGAAGGGCUCAAUCGCCUGCCCAAGUCCGAUCCUACUGCAGCCACUUUUGAAGCUGCUCUUGAUAUUGCUUCAAGACGUCGACAAUUUUAUGGCAGUCACAAGGAAAGACCCAAUAAUGAAGAAGACUCGCUAUUUGUUGGAGGACCAGCCGAUGCACCUGCAACCGAGAAUGAAGUUCAAGAGGCCGAGCGCAUUCAUCCAGAGGAAGAAGACGACCUGAACCGCGCCAUUGCAUUAUCGUUGCAAAACCAACAUGUAGUUGGGGAAGACUCAGCGACCGACGAUGAGUUGUUUGAAGAUGUGCCCAUCGGGGACAAGCCAAAGUGGACGCAGAAGGCGGUGGAAGCUGCCAAACCUCUCACAACUCACAGCGGCUCCAUGAUUGCACAUAUUGUAAACAACAGAUCCAACGCCGCAGUGACCAAGCGUCAGGAAAAGCCAGAGACCCAGGACAGCGACAGCGACGAGGAUAUGCAGGCCAUCAUGGCACGAUCCCGCCAGGCCAAGAAGCAGGCUGCACCACCCCCGCGUCCCGUUCCGGAAAAUACGAAGAACCCUUUCGAUGGCCCACUCCCGUUCCCGAAGCUUAGUUGGGGAUCCUCGCUUUUCGGCACAUCGAAAAUGGGUGACACUUCGGCAAAAAACACGGCACGUGGCUCAGCUGCCGCCGCUGAUGUCGAAGAGAACGGGGCCCACGACGAUAUGGCGGGUGGGUUUACGGUCGAAGGACAAGACGACCAAACGCUGCAACUGCCACCAUGGUUGGCGGAUGUCUCGGAUAUCAGAGACUCUCUGAAGAAGCAGCAGGAUGCGGAGCGAGAAAUCAAUGCGCAGGACAGAGAGGAUGCAGAAGAGGUGGGGCGAAGAAGAAUGAAGGAAAUGCAAGAUCGGCUGAUUGAGAUUGACUCAGACUCUGAUAACGACAGCGACAUACAAAUCAUCGAAGUGCCGCCGUCUCCAGCACUAGAGCUGGCGGUUGAAGAGCCGCAGACGGACAGUAUACAAACAGAAGCAGAACAGCUGGAGCUGGAGAAUCAAGCGGAACGGUCUACGCAGCUGCAAUCUGCACUAGCAGAAUCACAGCUCUCUGAUGCGCCUGGUGUCACUCUAGCAACCACGCCCCCGAAAGAUGCCGAGUCCCCUGAACCAGAACUUGAAGACAUUGAGCUUCCCCAAGCUUCCGAAGAGUUGGUGGUUCCGGAGCUAGAAAGCGCGGGCGAUGCCGUGUCUAUCCACGAGCAGAAUGCUACUACAGUUGUCAACAUCGAUGAUGAGGAGCUGUUUGGCGAUGCAGAGGAGGAUGAGUAUAGUGACCCGGAAGAAGAGGAGCUUCUUGUUCAAAUGGCGGAAGAGGCAGAGGAGCAUGCGCGCUUCGCGACUGAACUCAAUCAAAAGUCCAUGGAGCAGAACCGACGUGAUUACGAACAGGAGCUUCGACAGCUGCGUACCCAACAAAAGAAGGACCGCCGUGAUGCGGAUGAGGUUACCCAAGUAAUGGUAUCCGAAUGCCAGUCGCUGCUGCGUCUCUUUGGAAUUCCGUACAUCACGGCGCCGAUGGAAGCUGAAGCACAGUGCGCCGAGCUUGUGCGCUUGGGAAUGGUGGACGGCAUUGUCACUGAUGAUUCCGACACGUUUCUGUUUGGGGGCACCCGUGUCUACAAGAACAUGUUCAACAGCAACAAGUUUGUCGAGUGCUACAUCGGCAGCGAGCUCGAAAAGGAUCUCUCCCUCUCGCGACAGCAGCUCAUUUCCCUCGCACACCUGCUCGGCUCCGACUACACUGAGGGCCUUCCCGGCGUCGGCCCCGUCACCGCCGUCGAGAUCCUCUCCGAGUUCCCCGGCCGCGACGGCCUCGGCCACUUUCGCGCCUGGUGGGACGCGGUGCAGUCGUCCCAACCCCCCCGCCCCAAAGCCGAGGACGCGAGCUCGCCGUUUCGCAAAAAAUUUCGCCGGGCGCAGGCCGCCAAGCUGUUUCUGCCGCCCGGCUUCCCCAACCACGCCGUCGACGACGCCUACCUGCAUCCCGUGGUCGACGGCAGCACCGAGCCGUUCCAGUGGGGCGUGCCCGACGUCGAGGGCCUGCGCCGGUUCCUCAUGGCGACGAUUGGGUGGAGCAAGGAGCGCACGGAUGAGGUGCUGGUGCCUGUGAUUCGCGACAUGAACAAGCGCGAGGUCGAGGGCACGCAGAGUAACAUUACACGGUUCUUUGGCGGUGGCGUGGGGGCUGGGGCACGGGGCGGCGAGGCGUUUGCGCCGCGCCAGACGGCGGGGACGAGCAAGAGAAUGGCGGCGGCAGUGGAUAAAUUGAGGAAGAAUACGGCGGGAGGGGGAGAGGAAGCAUCUCAGCAGACCAAUAAGCGACAGAAGCGGUAG